UUUACUUUUCCCUCUUUGCAAGUACCAGGAUGUUCGUUUUGUACUUGAGUAUCGUGGUAGUGCUGGGUUCCAUUGUUAGUGCUCAGGACGAUUACGCGCCUCAGUACUGUUACAGGGAUACGGAUUGUGGACCUUAUCAACGCUGUCGACAGGGAUACUGUCAACAAGGUUCGGGAUCAAGCUGUGCGACCGUUUAUUGCCCAAGAGGAUUCACUUGUAUAAAUGGACAAUGUGUAAGACGUUCAGGUUCUCAUCAAUGUGAUCGAUAUAGGCCAUGUAAACAUGGACAGGUCUGUAAGAACGGCUACUGUGUUGAUGAUAGCCAUAGGAGAUGCAGCACAUAUAAUCCAUGUCCAAUUGGAAAAGUGUGUAGGCGUGGAUACUGUGUAAGACGCGGGGGUGGCGGCGGCAGAGUAUGCUAUACAGAUAGAGAUUGUCCCCGUACACAAAAUUGUGUGAGUGGACGAUGCCAGUAUUAUUAUAUUUGAGUGAAGCAGGAACUCCUUGAUACAGAAGAAGAAUGAAAGAUGAAAGCAAGAAGAAUCUAUGUCUUGCUUUUAAAUAAAAAUAAAAAUAUUUGAAGCAGACAAA